AUGGAAAUGAGGCGGCUGUGGAAAAAAAUGAGCGCCCGGUUCGCCAUGCAGGAUUUGGAUGCACAGAGAAAGAAUAUCGAGGUAGAAAUUCGAAUAAAAAAAUUAUGAAUAAUUGGGAAAAAUGGUUAAUUUUUCACUUUACUUAUUAACACCAGAGAGGUCCCUGUAGGGGCCCUUGGAGUGUCCCCUCUAGAGGCCAUUGUACCGACCCUAUAGGGGCCACUAAAGCAUGAAAAAGUGGUCCCUAUCGAUAAUUGCUAUGAAAUCUAAGCGAAGAAGCAUUUCCAUGGGAAAAACUGAAAAAAAGCGUUUUUGAAUGAAAUUGAAAGACCCCUUUAGGGUCCACUUGAGGUUCAGGGGCUAAGGGCGAAAAUUCUUUCGAAAAAUCAGGUCUUUUCUAUAAAACUUCACGGAGUUUUCGAUUUUUAGCUUAUGAUCUCAAGCUCAGAUAAAAAAAUAGUGUUUCCAAACAAUUUCAUGGAAUUUUUUCCUCGGCCUUUUGCAGAUGCUCAAAAAUUAUAUUUAACCUUCCAGGCAAGAGUGGCGAAGGAUCCGACGAAGGCGGCCACCGUCGACCGCUUGGGCAUCGGCGGAGUCGGGCGUGCCCGGGCCGCUCAUUCGGUCGCCACGGGAGUCCGAACCAUCAAACAGUCGGAUUUGUCGGGCAGAGGGUCGGCCGUGGAGCAGCAGCCGACGAAAGACGAGGACGACUGGGAGGUCGUCGAGGAUAGGUUCGUUUCGAAAGACUUGAGUUGAGGGGAAAGUCUUAUUUUGAGACCUCAGCUUUGAGAAAAAAGUCUUGCAUCGAGGCCUGAGCUGAAAAUAAGGCCUUUUUUAUACCUGAGCCGUGAACAAAAACCAUAUUUUGAGGCCUGAGUUGGGUAAAAGUUUUGUUUUAGAACCUGAGAAGGUCUUGUUCAGAGACCUGAGCUGAGAAAAAGUCUUAUUUCGAGACCUAAAUUGGGAAAAAAUGCCUUUUUCGAGACCGGAGUCGUCCCAUUAUGAGACUUGGGCUUGGCAAAAAAAAUCUUUAUCUGAAACUUGAGUUGGGAAACAAAUUCUUAUUCUGAACAGAGACCGGAGCUGUGUAAAAUAUUUUUUUUGAGACGUGAGUCGUGAAAUUUUAAUUUCGAGACAUUCCGUUGAUUUCUGGCGAAGAAGGUCAUCAACUUUGCGGCUAAGGAAAUGUAUGGAAAAUUAUCGAAGAACAGAAACUCUCUACAAUUUUGGGCGUUCAAUAUACAUAAAGAAUCAAAAUUUUCUCAUCAAAAUGAAUUGACGUUGUCUUGAGGGACUUUACCUCAUUUUUUUUCCUUUAUUUUCCGAAAAAGAAAUUUUUCAGCCACAAAUUCACCUCCUCACACAAAGACGACGACCUCUUCACGACGGAUUAUAAAUCAAAGGCGAAAAAAGAGAACGACGAAUUCUUCGAUGCCUUCGAAAGUCAACCACAGUUAGAAAUCGAACUUCAACAAUUUCCGGACCAAGAAAUAUUCAGAAAGUCCCGGUUUACGGCCGGAAAGGCGCCCGUGGCAAAAACGGCCCCUGAUGUAGAUGCUCAGAAGAAAUUCGCCAACGCCAAGGCGAUUUCAAGCGAUAUGUUCUUCGGGUCGAAUGAGAUGGAUGUUUGUGGUUUCUAAAAAGUGGAAAAUCAUGGGAACUUGUAGUAUGAAACGAAAUCAGCUCUGUCGCGCUUCGAAGGCCAAUCCUCGUUAGGUUCGGAAGAUCUUUGGGGCAAUGGAAGUCAGGUGCAGCCGAGUCAGGUUGGUAUGGGAGAUGGGGAAAGGUUGCUCCAUUGAUAAUAUUGACUUUCCUCGGACCUUGGUAACGCGAACGGGACGCGAAACGGACGUGUCGGGGCAUUUCUAGUGACCACUUUAGUAGCCUCAGCACUUUUAAGUGAUCCCUUGAAUCGCCCAGAAACGUCCGAGUCACCGUAAGGCUUCUCUGGCGUGCUCCGGAUGAUUCUGUGCAUUUCUAGGGACUUAAGAGCGUUUAGGCUACUUAAGUGGUCACUAGAAAUGUCCAGAAACGUUCGCGUUAUCAGAGUCCGAGUUAGGAACGCCAGAGUGGUCCCUAGAGGGGCCAGGGAUCAAAUCAAGAAGCAUUAGGGGACGAAAUAGUGUUCCCUAGAAGGUUAUAAUUUAGGUGAUUUUUAUAGAAGUUUAGGACCUGACCUUUAGGCGCCGAUGUCUUAAGUGAUCCCUAAAGAAGUAUUUAUUCUAUUCUUCUGCUCAUAUAGUUUUAAUGAAAAAUACCCCUGGAGGGGAAACUUUAAGAGUUCCCAAAGUUGGCCCUCUAGGAACCGAUCUGGCAUUUCUAAAAAGUUUGGAAAUUGCAGAAUUUCAGAAAAUUCUAAAGUCUUUAAUUUGAAAAAAAUCAUGUUUUAAGCCUUUUUUUCGAAACCCUUAUCACGUGUUUUUUAUCAUGCUUAAAUAAUUUUUUUCAUAGGUUCCUGACCUCGGUGACAUGAAAGAUUCAUUGCGUGCGGGUGCCUCGAAAGUCGCCGAGAAGUUCUCAAAUCUUUCCAGUUCUUUCGCUUCCUACAUGUCGGUGAGUUGCACUAGAAAAAAAGAGAAUAUUUGACUUUUAAAAAAACGAGAUAAAAAUCCAUUUUAGCGUGCCCCACAGAAAUCGUAAAUGAGUAGGAAGUCGUCAGGUACAGUUUUUUGGUGUUUUUGUGGUUUUUCUACACUGUUUUCGAAACGUAUAGGAAAAAAUGGCCGCAAAAAAAAGGAAAAAAGUCUCCAAUUGAAAUUUUUCAAAAGCACUAUGUGUAUCUCCAUUAAUAAUAAAAAUAUCGGCAAAAAAUUAGGUGGUAUGAAAAAAAGACCAGCGAAAAUUGAAACGGCGACUUUUUCCGAUUUUUUUCAUAUCACUAGGGAACUUUCCGACGGCCACCUUUCCGACGAAAUCUUUUUUUCCGACUUUUUUUCCCCUUAUAUUUUUCGGUUUAUAAGACAUCUAUUUACAUUUUUUUUUCCUAUUUUUUUGUGUUUUAAUCAUGAACCAACUACCUACUCUAUAUAGGAAAUUUAAAACGGAUAUUUUAUCGAGAAAAAAAAGUCGGAAAAAGUUUCGUCGGAAAGGUGGCCGUCGGAAAGUUCCCUAGCGAUAUGAAAAAAUCGGAAAAGUCGCCAUUUGAAUUUUCGCUGGUGUUUUUUUCAUACCACCAAAAAUUAAUUUUUUCUCCGUAGAGCACCUUUUUACGCGGCUUUUUUUUCCUAUACCCUUUUCGUUGGUUUUUUUCACACUUGGGGCUCUAAAUAUCGUGUUUCUCUUUUCUUUUCAGUUCAGUCGGUUGACUUUGUCCGUUCAUUUUUCAGUUUUAUAAAUGUUGUUUGGCUUUUCGAAUCUGAAAUAUGGCUGGUUACAUUGAUGGAAAUUCAAAAAAAACGGUUCCAAAAAGCGAGACCUUUUUCGAUGCAUCCGACUUUUCGUGACUUUCGAUUUCUGUCACUGUAACCGCACUAUAGUCUGUUCAGAUUUUGAAUUUCAAGUCGUCGCUCAAGCUCCGCCCCUAAUGGCGUUAUAAACCAAUCAGAAAGCCAGCCAUUCACGGAGCAUUUUCCAAUGACGUCACCGUACAUGACAUUCACAAUCUGAACAGACUAUAUUGAUUUUUUAAACCCUGAUGAAUCACUUUUUUUCAGGAUCGCUAUUGA